UCUCUUCUCCUCUCUUCCAUCAUCACGCCCUCUCUCUCUUCCACUGCUGCUACUACCCAGCCCCGUCACUACCGACACCGCCUCCGCCGUCCCCGCCACCGACAUAUGUCUUCGCUAGCAGCCCUCCCCGCCCCCACUCCCAGGGCAGGGCCUGGUGCAGCAGCAGCCCACCCGCAUGCCCGUACCGCGUCCCAGCCCCGCGCCUACACGAUCAUGGUCGCUGGUGCGGCGCGCGGGAAGACAGCUCUCCUCCGUCUCCUGCUCGACACUGCCGAGCUUGCGCCGGCGCGGAAGCAGCAGCAACAGCUGUCGUCUUCGGUGGCUUCCCCUGCUUCGGUGGGCUCGAUCUCCGUCUCGGCAUCGGCCGUGGACUCCGGCGCACCAUAUCCCGCCCCUACUCCGGUCAACAUAGCGCGAUUCAUUCAGGGUGCGGUGAGUCGCACGACCCGUGUGCGCACGUGUGCCGUUGAGGUCCUUCCGCCUACCGAGGGCGAGCGCAGUCGUGGUGGGCUCGCAGCAGCGGAUCAAAGUAAUGAUAGUCACGAAACACAGACGCAGGCGCAGAGCGUGCUGCUGAACCUCGUUGAUACGCCCAGUCUAGACACACGCGAUGAGAGGACCCUUGAGCGAUCCCUCGCGGAUGUGCUCGCCUUCAUAGAGGGUCGCUUCGCGGAGAGCAUUGACGAUGAGCAAAAAGCGCGAACGGGGGACCAUCACGUCCAUCUAUGUCUGUACCUCCUGGACCCGGAUACGAUCGUUCCCCUACCCGUCUCUCCGCCGCCCUCGCCCAUACUCGUACCCGUGUCAGCAAACUCGCCGGCGCCGGCCUCUGCUCUUCCUUCUUCCGCGGUCCAAUCGCAUCCUCACCCGCAGCUUUCCCACUUGACACUUCCCCCGCCACCUUCUGCUGCGCGCCUACCUUCACCUGCUUCUUCGGCGCCUUUAACGGCGACUGCAAACUCGCACGUACUCCCUACGCCAUCACCCUCGUCGUCUGCUUCAGUAUCGGCCGCGGGCGCUGUACUUGUAGGGAACGGCGGAGACAAUGCUACCGCUACUGCAGCCCACCCACCUCUUCCUCAAGCCUCUGUUCCGGCUCCCUCCUCUACUGCCGGUUCCCACACAGACACGCGUCUUGCUGGAUCAAUGGGCCUUUCAUCCGUAUCCGCUUCCGGAGGCGCGCUUUCGCCGCCUCACUCUCUUCCCCAUUCGCAUACCCACGCGCAGGCCCAACGACAACAUCCAUCUUCUUCCGCGGCAUCGGCUAAUAUCAUGACGACUCCUAACUCCAAUCAGGUCGCAAAUUCUAAUUCUAAUACCCAUUCGACAAACGGCAGUACCAAUCCUAGAAAUGGGGCGGGGAUAGGCAGGGUCGGUACAAGAGUCAAUAUCGGCGGUUCCGACUCCGAGUCCAACUCCGUUGCCGCCGGCGUCGGUAUUGGCGCCACUGCCGGUCCUUCCCCCAUCGUACAGCCCGUGUCUCAUCCCCGUCCGCGUCGUCAUACUGGUAGUACACGCUCUGACUCUCUGCCAAACCCACCACAUUUGCCCGCUCUCGAAGUUGCUGCAAUAAAGGCGCUCUCAGCCCGGACAAAUGUCCUUCCUGUACUCGCGCGCGCAGAUACGGUGGGCGCUGCGCGUCUAGCGGCGAUUAAGAGAGCCGUCAGGGCAGAUUUGGCAACCGCAGGCAUUGGAUUUGGGAUUUUUGAUGCCGGUCCGGGUAGUGGAGAAGACCUUGUCGGUCGAGACUCUGCUCAGGAGGCAGUAGACGAGCAAGAGGAGACUGGCGAGAAAUCCGAGGUGAAAAUGGAGGUAGAUGCACCAACCGACCCAGGGUUGUCUGGUCCUCAGAAUUCUGCACGGAAAGGCAAGGCGAAAUUUGCAGCAAUUCGUGUCCCUCGCCUGCCGCACGCGAUAUUAACACCGGACGUGUAUACACAUGGCGAAGGGGUUGAGCUUGAUAUCUAUGAUUUGCGUGGUGAUACGAACAUUGAUGAUUUGGAUGAAGAGUUGCGCCUGGAAAUGAGCUUUGAGAGCCUUGUGAAGCGGUAUACGCCGCCCUCUCCGAUCUCUUCUCAGUCUUCGACCCCUAGUCCAUCUACGCCUACUGCAAAAACACAGAGAAGUCCUCUAGCAACGGAACGUGCAUCCGAAAGGGAAGAGAUGAAUGAGAAGGAGGGAGGAGCUGCUGAUCUUGCGAAUCUAGACGAAGAGCAGGACAAGGAAAGGUCAAAUACCGAGACAGGCGUAGUUGACAACCAAGGCGCGUCGAAAACAGAUGUAACUGCAUCUCCGGGUAGCAAGGACCCCUCCGCCAUGCAUGCAGAUCCAUCCUUAAUCUCUCAUACGCGAUCCUCUUCAUCUUCUUCCUUACGUUCCUCCAAGUCCAAAUUCAAAGACGAUAGAAGCCAGUCGAGACCCGAGAAUGCAAAGCAGACCGGCUUGUUGAAGGGAAAAUUUGUUCGACAAUACCGUUGGGGAGCUAUCGAUGCACUUAAUCCUGCUCAUUGCGACUUUGUUCCGCUUAGGCAAGCCGUAUUCCACCACAUGCAGCCUUUGCGAACAUACACACGCGAUUAUCUCUUUGAGAAGUUCCGUGUUGAUGUACACCAUCAGCGUCAGCAUCUUGCUGCCGCCUCACUACACCCGUCGUCUUCGUAUCCCCCCGGCGGUGCCCCAUCGUUGUCAUAUUCGUCGUCUUCAACCUCAGCUCAUCUAGCUGCCUCGCCCCCAUCAGCGACACCUAAGUAUCCGUAUCCCACUUUUUCUGGUAAUGCGCCAUCCUCAUAUUCCUCUGUCCCAACGUCUACGACUGCGUCAGCUGUAUCCCCUCAUUCUGCGGCACUCCUUUCGCCUGAUGUAGAUAUCGCGAAAGAGCAUGGACGCCCGCGUGAGCGGGAGGCAGCUUGGGAGAGGGAGAGGUCACGCGAGCGCCAGCCUGGACCGUACCCGAUCUCUGUGCAGCAUCCUCACCAUAAAAGUGGGUCAGGCUCUGUGUCGAUGUCAAGGGGCGCAACAUCCCCAGGCCUUGUUCCUUUGGGUGGUGCACCACCAGGGAGAAUCCAGCCUAGCAGCAUUAGAGAGGGAGACGCAAAUGAGAUGAAUAGGGAGCGAGAACGUGAGUUGGGAAGAGAGAGGGAGAGACGUGCGGCGCUCCCGCCUCUUACUCAUCCUGCUUCUGCACAGCAGAACGUUGCAUCUCUUCCUCCUCUGUCGGCUGUCUCUGCUGGAGCUGUCCCCUCCCCAAUUAGUGGAAGGGAGUACUCACGUUACCCACCCGACCGUUAUGAUCGAGAGAUGUGGAGAGACAUGGACCGCAAGAGGGAUAGGGAUAGAGAAAGAGAAAGAGAUAGGGAUUACCGUGUCCGACGGGACUUCGAGCGCGAACGUGGAUACGACUAUGGAGGGUAUCGAAAUGCUCUCAAUACUCAGCCAGGACUUAUUCCCCCUUCCCCCGCCUACCGUGGAGUCAGGGAGGAUUACGGCGAAGCAUACCUCAGUGACGAAGAACGCGAGGAGAAAGGGUAUCGACGUGAACGUUAUGAUGCCCUUCGUGAACGUGAGCGUGAAAUAGAUAGGGAGAGAGGCAGUAUACGUCGUCCUGGUCCGCUCAGUCCUCGUGAUCGUCAGUAUGAACGUGAACGGGAGAGGGAGCUUUUAUCUGCACGUCCUGUCAGCUCGGGAUCUGCUAAUGUGGGCUUUGGUGGGUUGGGACUUGGAGGACAUAUGCAGCCACCAAGUGCGAGCACGAGUACAAGUACUAGUGGACCGCCGUCGGCAUCGGCGAGUGGUCUGUUGUCGGCACACCCGAGUACACAUGCAUCCCCUUCUUCUGCUUAUCCGCAGACUCCUGCUUCUGCUUAUCCACAUGGACUUGGACACGUAGGCUCCCGCGGCGACGGAGUACCAGUAUACGAAAAGCCUGGGUUUGGACCGCCUUCUGCAACUAUUCCAGGAGCAGGUGCACCUCCUGCAGUACGGAUGCACCAUAUGCAACAUCACCAUCAUGGUGGUGGACACGUGCGCGGGCCCGUCAACCCCGAUCUUGAGUAUGACCGAGACAUUGUGCGAGUGCGCGGGAGAGAGCACGAACAUGAACGCGAGAUGGAAAAAGAGAAGGAGAGGGGUCCUGCUUCUGGGUAUGGAUUGCGUAGUGGUGCCGCAGAGAAUAGGCCAAUGGGCGUUGAUUAUGCUGGUCGUCCGGUUGUGAUUGAGGAGGACGUGCACGCUCGUCUUCGAACGAAGAAGAUCACAGUCGCUUGUAAUUUCUGCCGCUCUCGUAAACUCAAAUGCGACGGUGGCCGUCCCUCGUGUAGCCAGUGCAUCAAGCGAUCCCACUCCUGCGACUACAAGGCACAUGCACGUCGGCGUGGUGCUGCCGGAUCAUCCCGUACUACACAAACGCAGGGACAAGUGGCACAAGAAGAGACGCGAAGUGAUGCUGAGGAAGAUGCGGCGGGUGAUUUGGACGCCGAAUACGAAGCUGGUGUUUCCGGCCCGGAGGAAGGUGCUCCAGCUUCUGUUCCAGUUGGACCAAACGGUGUGGGCGUGAGGCAUACAGCAGAACAUCGCCCUGGCAGUGGAAGCUCUGGCGGUCCGAUGGCUUCGAGGAGGAGCUCAAAUGUUGACUUGAUGAUUGCUGAGACGCUGCGCUCUCCGAGAGCCGCUGCACUUGAACGCGAGCGGGAACGGGAGAGGGAAAGGGAACGAGAGAACGAGAGGGAGUAUAAUGCAUUUGCGUCUGCACCGCAUACACGGCCGCAACCUCACCAUGCACGUACAUCUCCGAACGGAAAUGCGUCGUUUGGAAGCCAGCUCGCACCGCUUCCCUUCUCUGGUGUUAAUUCGAGUUCUGCCACAUCACCUACUGUGUCUGCUCCUAUUCCUGCUUCGGCGACUAGCCCCGGUGGUGCGGGCCACCGAGCUUUGACAACUAAUAUGCAGCUGUUGCCGUCACCUGGUGGUGGAGCUGCUGGUAGUGGGAUGAUUGCACUUGGUGGAAUGACACCUGCUGAACAGGCUGUUGCUGCAUCUGCUACUGGGAGGAAGCGUGGUGGACCGAAAUUGUCGCGCAUUGCGUCGAAUUAUGGACCGAAGGUCGUUGCCUGUAAUUUCUGCCGAGCACGUAAAACAAAAUGCGACGGCCAGCACCCGACAUGUCAGAGUUGCGCUCGGCGCUCGUUGCCAUGUAGCUACGUUAGUGAUGCACCGGGUCGAGGUCGUAAGCCCGGUCAAUCAUAUAAGGGUGGUCCGCGUUCUGGGACGGCCGAACAAAAGGAAAAAGAAGCGCAGAUGAAGAAAGAGGAGUUGUCUUCUAAGAGCGCAUUAAAAGGUGGUCAGCAUCAGCAACUCCAGUUUUCCCCACGUUCUGGAGCUUCGGCAGAAGGGGGUGAAGGGGAUGUUGAAGGCUCAGGAGGGGAUGGGGAUGGUGAGGAGAUUAAUGGUGAGGGAAGCGUGGAGGGUGAGAAUGUUGAGAGGGAGAGUGCGAGUGCGAGUGUGAGUGUGAGGUCGACGGCCUCGAAGAGGGCUUUUAUGGGUGAGGAGAGUCCCGAGAAUGGGAAGAAACGGUUGAGGAUGGACGAGGAGACGAGGGUGGGGAUCUCUGCGAGUGCGUGACGAGAGCAUGCAUGGACCGCCGAUUCUCAAACCUCAUAAUGUUAUCGAUGAGUACGUUGACAAGGCAAAAGCGAUCGAAACGAACGGUAUGAGACGAGACGAAAACUAAAACGAUAUGACGCGUGUUUGCGAAAUGACAAAAACCUCUGUUCCGCCCUUUUUACCUUCCCUUCUGCAUAUAAAGCUUGUUGUCUCUCUCUCCUGCUUAUUUGCCCUCAAAAAUAUUUCUUCCCUGCCCUCUGAUCUAUGUAUUGCUCCAGCGUGUGUUUGUGAUUUCUCUUUUCUUAUCUUCUGGUCUGGUAGAUUGCGGCUCCUUCGCCUUGUUUUUCUGUCUGUCUUUUUAGAGAUUUGUUUGCUUGUUCAUGGACUAUUAUUGCCUUCCGUCCCUUCGAUUGUUUUCCUUCCUGGUCUGUCAUAACAUACAUACUCUUUUCGUCUGUCAACUUUGGACACUCUUUUAGUGCUUUCCCCAUCCAUGGUAGAAUAUACAGUAGUACAGUAGUACGUACAUCAGCAGUAUACAUUAAGUAGCUUGCGACUCAACUCACUUGCAGAUAUUCAAAAUUAACACCCUGUCACUUUUUUUCCCCAUUUUGUUUCUUUUGUUUCGAUUCUCUUCCGUGUCGUAUUGUUGUUUGUCGUUGUUGUUUGUAUUUACAAUAAAUUUCAUAGUUGU